CGUGGAGACGCCGGACAUCUGCUGGGCCCAGGUGAGAAAGGCCCACCUGAGUCCUGGGUGAGAGUGUUCCUUGGUUCUUUGGGGCUAGAGGCCAGUGGUGGCAGAGUCUGCAUAGAACUAUGCUUCGUGGUGUUCUGGGAAAAACCUUUCGACUUAUUGGCUAUACUAUUCAGUAUGGCUGUAUAGCUCAUUGUGCUUUUGAAUACGUUGGUGGUGUUGUCAUGUGUUCUGGACCAUCAAUGGAACCUACAAUUCAAAAUUCAGAUAUUGUCUUUGCAGAAAAUCUUAGUCGACAUUUUUAUGGUAUCCAAAGAGGUGACAUUGUCAUUGCAAAAAGCCCGACUGAUCCAAAAUCAAACAUUUGUAAAAGAGUAAUUGGCUUGGAAGGAGACAAAAUCCUCACCAAUAGUCCAUCAGAUUUCUUUAAAAGCCAUAGUUAUGUGCCAACAGGUCACGUUUGGUUAGAAGGUGAUAAUCUACAGAAUUCUACAGAUUCCAGGUAUUAUGGACCUAUUCCAUAUGGACUAAUAAGAGGACGUAUCUUUUUCAAGAUUUGGCCUCUGAGUGAUUUUGGAUUUCUCCGUGACAGCCCUAAUGGCCACAGAUUUUCUGACGAUUAGCAAGCAUUUAUUCUUUUGAUUAUUCUCUCCAAGUGAAUUUAUUAUUGCCACUGAAACCAUAUACUUACUAAUAAACUAUUUGCUACUUAGUUUUAGUCAUUUGUAAUUGUUAUAUGGAAGAAUAAACGAUACAUAUUGCAAGUGCUAUUAGUUCCAAAUAUAUGGAUAAAAAUAUAAUCCAAGAUAAGAAAUCUAAAGUUUAUGAUAGAUAUAAAAAUAUUUUUAGGGAAAAAACCUGGAUGACCACCUCACAUCUGAAUUUUUGGUUUAAUAGUUAUAAUGAAAGUAAUCUUUUCUUGA